ACGUACUAUCGCUGUGAGGAGCUUGUGCGGUCAUAUGUCUAAACAUUCUGAAUGAGCAGAGUGAUUCAGCGGUAUUAGAAGCAGUGAUCACUGUCGGCCACAACGCAGCUGACGUAAGAUUACAUCAGAUUAUCAAGUCUGCCCGGCGCUUCGACAGGUGUAUGUCGUAGUCUCUCUCAAACCAGUAAACCUUCGAUCGUACGAUAGUCACGUGAUCGCUUCCAUAUCGUCUGCAAAACACACAGGAUCAUGACAGAUCAGGGUUCGGAGUCCAAAGCGCCCGAUAGGAACAGUGACAUCAAACCCAGACCCUUCCGGGCCAAGUACCAGCAUCUGGUUGACAUGGGAUAUAGCUUAACAGUAAACCAGGAAGAAUCUCUUGCAGUGGUGGAGGCCCCUGGACCUUCUUAUGAGUCAUUUGACGUCUAUGGAAACUGUAAGAUUUGGAGCAUCAUGAGACUCAUGGGCGCCUGUAGGUACUUUGCCUAUCAUUAUCCCUUAGAUAAAACAGGACACUCAUUCAUGGACUAUGGUUCAAUGACAGAUGGCAUGUUCACAUUCAUGGCGUCCUCUCAGUUUGAAGUUGAAAAGUCCAUGUAUGAUACUCAAGUUUCAAAAUGGCCGCUCAAGGUCAACGUACAGCUCGGGUACAUCGGGAAGUCUUCCACCAACUCCGUCAGCAGUUUAGUUGUACCUUCUUCAGGUGAGACAUUGGUAAGAAAUAUCAACCAGAUCGUUGCCAUUGACAAGGAAACGCGCAAACCGACGCCAUUCCCGUCAUGGUGGAAGGAGAAACAUGGCGAGAAAGCGGUCAGAAAGGAACCACUGAUUAUACAGAAGCUCUCCAAGCCUGACAACCCCCACACCUACACCUUGCGUGUGUCGUGGAGCGAAACGGACAUGUACAAUCACGUCAACUGGGCGUCCUAUGUGGUGUACUCCAUUGAUGCCCUCCAUCAUGGGAUAAAGGAGGGCAAGUUGAAAGGCAUGGACAAGGAGGUGGUCAAGAAAGGAAUACAGAGGAUGCGGAUGGCUUACUUUGGUGAAUGUGUCGAAGGAGACCAGUUGACGGUUUACUUCUGGGAGGUGGAAGACCAGCCUAGAACUGUGUAUUUUGACAUCGUAAAGGAUGGAGUUUCCGUCUAUCAAAAUACAUUAACAUACCAUCAGUAGGAAAAGUAUUUGUUAAUCUAUCACCCUGUUUAAAAGUAGACUCGUCAAGAUCAACACUUCAUUACCAAGAAUGUACACAGCAUACCAUUGGCGACAGUACAUAAUGAUUGCAUCCGAUGAAUGAAAACCUAUUCAACCAGAAAGACAUUUUAAUCUUUUAUACCUAGAUUUGCUUAAUGUUUGUAGGUUUGUCAGCACCAUGCUGGUGCAGGCUGGUAUCACCAAAGCGGUAAACGUCUAUGCAACAUCACCAAGGGCGUUCCUCCUGCAUUUAGCUGACACGCCCUGGUAUAACUGAAUUACUGUUCCAAGCGGCGUUGAAAAAAACACUUCCUCACUAAAAUUCAAAAGAACAUUAACUUAAUUUAUUCAACCUCGAUUAAAGCAGUUUCCUUUCUGUUCUCAAUGCCCCUGUUCAUAUGACCUGACCGUCUUUAUAAGUGAGUGAGUUCAAAUCUAACGUUGCAUUGGCAUUAUUUAAGCCAUAUAUAGCGAAGAGCCGUUUAUUUAAUGUUUGACAGGACAAUAGCCAUAUUUGAAAGGCUGAGGUUCUUAAAAAAUAUUUAAUCAUUUAUUGAUGAAAGAGUCGAGAUAUGAAAUCAUAGUAUCCAUUUGAAAUCAUAUGUUUUACUCAUGUUGCCAACUAUUUAUUUUGAUUCAA